GGGAGGAUUAAAAUCCACUUUGAACACUUGACAGAGAUUACUUUUGGGAGCCAGCCAAGGCUGGAGAGCCAACGACCGCUCCCUUGCUUGCUCUGCUGACUUGGCACUGCAGGCGGGGCAGCGGGGCUCUCGCUGCAAGUGGGUGCGGUGGACUCGGAUGGGGUGCACCUGGGAGACGCGGGAAGGCGGAGCCAAGGGAGAGACUGCUCCGCAACAACCCCGGGACCUUGCUGGAAGCCGGAAGCUGGCGGAGUACCAAGGACUCAGGCCGCUCCGUGGCAGGGAGAGGAGCCGUUCCCCACUUGUGGCCUCGGAUCCCCGGCCACUGUGCCAGGGCCAUGGGCGAUCCGCUUCGCCGGCCGCGCGUCGUUCCGGGGUCCUGGCUGGAGCUGCUGCUGCUCCUACUCCAGCUCCUGAGCGCUCCAGCUCCGCGUCGCGCCUACCUGAGGCUCUUGGAUUACCCGGUCCCCAUCUGCUGGCAGCAGGGGCUAAACUGCAGAGUCAAGAACAGUACCUGCCUGGAUGACAGCUGGAUCCAUCCUCAGAACCUAACUCCAAACUAUCCAAAACAUGUCCAGAUCCAACUGCGCCUUGCCAGAACCCAGCAGGGAGACCUGGUCCCUGUGGUGCACAUCGAAUGGACACUGCAGACAGAUGCUGGCCUCUUCUCCCCCAAGGGUGCAAAGUUGUCUGUCCUGCAGCUAAACACCAAUGAACAUUUGUGUGUCGAGUUUGAGUUUCUGUCCAAACUUAAACGUUACAAGCAGUGGCGUUUCGCCUUCAGCCACUUUGUGGUAGAACCCGGCCAGGAGUACGAGGUGACUGUUCACCACCUGCCCAAGCCCAUCCCUGACGGGGACCCAAACCACCUGUCCAAGAAGCUCCUUGUGCCAGAUUGUGAGGACUUCAGGAUGAAGAUAACCACACCAUGUGUGAGCUCAGGCAGCCUGUGGGACCCCAACAUCACCGUGGAAACCCUGGAGGCCCACCAGCUGCGGGUGAGCUUCACGCUGUGGAACGAAUCCUCCCAUUACCAGAUCCUGCUCAACAGUUUUCCACACAUGGAGGACCACAGCUGCUUCGAGCACAUACAGCAGAUACCUGCGCCCAAACAAGAGGAAUUCCACCAGCGAGCCAACCUCACUCUCCCGCUACACAGCUCUAACUGGUGCUGUCGCCACCGAGUACAGGUCCAGCCCUUCUUCAACAGCUGCCUUAAUGACUGCCUUAGACACACCAUGACCAUCCCCUGCCCAGACGUUCCAGAGACUUCAGCUUGUUCCAGAUCACAUGCUAAGGUGGUGGAGAGCCCCAGCUUCCUACCUGAGCCAGUUGCCUACUUCUCCUUCAGAAGCCAUGGGUCCCCAACUCCCACAAAGCCAUCACCACAUGCCAACUGCACAACAGCAGACAUGGCACAGGCUGGAAGAGACCUGGCCUCCCGGGUGGGAGGUGAGGCACCUCUUCUUAGACCAACAACUGAGGGUGCUUCGUUCACAAUUGCAGAUUAUAAAUCCCUGUGGGUGUUUGGCUGCAUCUCUGUUGUGCUGGUGGGCUUCGUCUUCUUCCUGAAGACCAAAUGCACAACUUGGAGGCAACAUGCAUCAGCCUUACCCCUAGACCUUCUCUGUAAGUCUGUGCUCACAGGUUCUCUGUUUCUGAUCAGCCCCUGUGGUGCUGAAAUGUCCCUCAACCUCCUGGAAAAACAGGUCAUCUCAGAAGUAGGGGUCAUGACCUUGGUGGGCAACCAGAAGCAGGAAGUGGUAAACAACUCCAAGUCAUCAUCCUGCCUGACAUUGGUGAUGCAUGCUUAUAAUCCCAGCUACUCAGGAGGCUGAGGGAGGAUGAACCCAACCCAGCUGUGGUGUGACCGUUGGAAGCCCGCUGGGGACCUUUUCACAGCGGCCAUGAACAUGAUCCUGCCAGACUUCAAGAAGCCAGCCUGCUUUGGCACCUACAUCAUCUGCUACUUCACUGGCAUCAGCAGUGAGAACGAUGUCCCUGACCUCUUCAACAUCACCUCCAGGUACCCUCUUAUGGACAAGCUAGAGGAGGUUUACUUCCAGAUCCAGGACCUGGAGAUGUUUGAACCUGGCCGGAUGCACCGCCUCCAGGAGCUCACAGGGGAAAAUUACCUGCAGAGCCCCAGUGGCUGGCAGCUCAAGGAGGCCGUGGAUAAGUUCCGGGAAUGGCAGACCCAGUGCCCUGACUGGUUUGAACGUGAGAACCUUUGCUUCACUGAUGACCAGAACCUCCCAUCCCUGGACGAAGAAGUGUUUGAGGAGCCACUGCUGCCGCCAGGGAGCGGGAUUGUCAGGCAGAAGCCCCUGGUGCGGGAACCUGCCUCCGAGGGCUGCCUGAUGGUAGAUUUAUGCAUGGGUGAGGAAGGAAGGGGAAUGUCGAGGGUGGUACCCCAAUUGCAGCCCCAGGGGGAGGCCAUCCAAACUGUGGUGCUCCCCAGAGAGCAGGUCCCUGCUGCUUGUGCAGUGGAGCUGGUUCCUCUUGCUGACAGCAGCAAGGCCAGCCGGCUGACCUUGGUGGAGGAGGGCGAGGCCUGCCCCCUGCUGGAGGAUCGUGGCCUCCAGAGAAAGAACAUCCUCUUCCUCCCCAUGGACCCUGAGGACUCGCCUCUCUGCAGCACUCCAGUGGCUUCACCUGGCCACCUCCCCAAUGGUGUGAGGGAGCAGCUGGAGGGCUUGAUGCUCUCACUUCUGCAGCAGAGUCUGAAUAGCCAGGCCCAGGGUGCAUGGGAAGAUGCUGCCCUGGUCCUCAAGGACCCCUCCAUACCCUGUGAGGAGGAGCAGCGGCAGUCCGUGCAGUCGGACCAAGGCUACAUCUCCAGGAGCUCCCCACAGCCCCCUGAUGGGCUUGGGGAAAUGGAGGAGGAGGAGGAGGAAGAAAAGGACCUAGGGAAGUCAGCUGAGCAGCUGCCUCCUGAGCUUCUGCAGGACCUGAGGAGCCUCCAGCAGCAGCUUUUCUUCCAAGAUCUCCAAAAGAACUCUGGCUGGGACAGUGUGGAGUCAGAGAGGUCUGCUACAGAAUAGCAGGCCGCUUCCUAGGGCCUCCCAUGUCCUCCCAUGCCUUGAGAGGGUAUGCGUGUGCAUGUGGGUGUUUAUGUAUGUGUGUGUGUGUGUGUGUGUGUGUGUGUGUGAAGCAUCUGCCUUUAAAAUGUAGGUGUCUUAUCAAGCAUGGUGGCAUGUCCCUGUGGUCCUAACUACUUGGGAGGCUGAGAUGGGAGGAUCAGUUGAGCCUAGAAAUUCAGGAUCAACCUGUGUAACAGCAAGAUCCUGUCUCAAAAAUAAAUUAAGGAGAAUAAAAUGUAGACAUCCUGAUUCUGAUCCCAGUACCCCUCCUUAACUUUUCUUUAUGUGACCAUCUUGUGUCCCCAUAAGAAGUCACAACCCAUUCCCAGGAACUUGUGGAUGAGUCAUUCAUUGAUUCAUUCAGCAUUUAUUUGGCACCUACUGUGUGCCAGGCAUUUGGGAUACAAAAGUAUAUUGCACAUGCCGCGGCCUUGGCCACCAAGGAGCUUAACAUCUAGUGAGAACCAAAAAUUAGCAAGCGUGGAAUGGGGAUGAAGGAACAAGGUAUAAAGACUGAAGAGAGGCCUGGCAGGGCCCUGGCCCAGGGAGAAGCUGGUUUGGGGGAAUGUCACAGUCCCAGGGAAGGGAGCAGC